CCUUGGUCAUGCAGAAACGCUCAGGGUUGCAGCAGAAACACUCCCCGUCUUUUUUCUUUCCACAUUUAUAAACGCAUCAUAUCCCAUUUAUAUUAUUUCCGAGGUUAAAGUUAUUUGAGGCCAGUUGCAUGCAUUGUUCGUCUCCAAAAAUGGUUUGCGAGACUAAAAUUGUUGCGGAUGAACACGAUGCCAUACAAGGGACCAAAAAAGAUUCUAUUAUCGUUUCCUCCUCACAAAUGUGGACUUCUUCCACACCGGCACCGAAUCCUAUCGAGGAAAAUUAUGUGAGGAAAGAUACGGUUUUUAUCCGUGAGUUUGAGCGCACUGACCAUGUGGAAGUGCGCCGCAUCUUUUAUGAGGGGAUCAUGGAGAGAAUACCCAACACCGCAUUCAGAGGCAUAUUACAGCAAAGUCAAACCCAAUUCUUAUAUGUUCUUCUGACACGUAAGUGACAAGAUUUCCCAUAUACUUAAUGAUUUACUGGCCUGAAAUUCGUUAAAAGUUGCCAUUACUCAUUGAAAAACUAUUUUCAUUUUACCCAUGUAUUUGCAAAUUAUUAAUUAAGACAUUAUUGAUGAAUAGCCCAUCCAUACUAACACAUGAAAACCAAUUAUUGUAAAAUAUAUAUAGAUUUGUAAAAAGUUAGAAGUGAGUUGAAAUGCAGUUGAAGGAAAGCCAUAAUCUGUUGGAGCAUCGAUGUGUAAAUUUAUAAUUCGUUUUCUUUCUUUUUUUAAAUGCUUUAUUCAUUUAAUGGCACAAAUACAUGCUAUGUGAAACUUUCAUCAAGAGGAAAAGGAUUUCAUAUUAUACAAAUUCAAUAACAACAUAAAAUACAUUUAAUAAUUGUCAAUUUCUUCUCGAGUUCAUGUGUGGAUGUGUGCUGGAUCCUCUAUACCGGCAUGUAGUGUAGCUCAUGUGCAGCACCGCAUCAAACCGCAACACAAAGGCAUGGCUAAAACGCAUGGUGCAUGUAGCCGGUGGGCAUGUUCGGGUGGGCAUGUAGGGGGCAAUGAUGCCAGUUGCCGGUUGGGUUGGAUGCAUGAAUUAAUGAAUAGAAUGGCAAUGCGUUUAUGCACCACCACCACUAGCCAUGUGUGCAUGUUGGCAUUGUUUAUAAUUAAUUACUGGAGAUGUUAAUUUCUUAAUUUUCCUCAUGUAUGAAAUGCAUGGGUGUUCUUAUGGCACACUUGAUCCAUAUGGUCAGACGCAUUACAAAUAGCCUGGUCUAUGAUGUGAAUGAAUGGCAUUACGCACCAAAUUACGAAUAACAAUUCAAUUAGGCUGUAUAUAUAUUCCAUGAUCAUUAUUGUCAUUUAAAUGUACACCAUCUAAAACAAGACUUUUGUACACCUCAUGCCUUUGUCUGUGCCGUGGUAAGUGACCAUAAUUACCAACAAAACAUCACACAUAGGCCUAGCCUUUUUCACUGUUGACAUUUAGUCUGAAAAUGUGUGUAUAAUAUGGAUAUGACGCUAUAAUUUAGAACCACGUCGCUACAAUGUAGCCUAAUGUCAAUGUUGACAGUAAACACGCCAUGUCGUGGUGCAAUGGAGUAAAAGAUGAUUGCAUGUCAGACCAGACGACAACAUAAUAACAUGCAAUGCCGCUGCACAACCUGUCUGUGUGGUGGGUUCCACUCUGGCGCAACCGUGCGGCCAAAUCAGAGAAAUAGGCUACUCCAAAAAUCACUGACUGUAAAUGGACCAGAGAUGAUAUUGAUAGGCUGUGUAGGAUAUCUGUUUGCAUCCAGUCAAAUAAAUACAUAGACUCAACAUAGGAUGUCAUGUGAUGUUUUGCUCGUCGGGUGUCAAUCGCUUUCUCUACAGUAAACUAAAUGUGUUAAAUUAGGGACUGAUCUUAUUUAUUUUUAAGUAACUUAUUUUUGGAAUGUCACUGUUUGGUUAUAUAAUAUAUAUUAUGUGUGUGACUUCCGCCAAAAUCCAACAUUUGAUUCUCUUUUCUGACAGGUAUCGUUUAUUUUUCUUCCUUAUCUCCAUAGUAAUGUGCUUUGCUGUGAGCAAAUCCCUCGCGCUGACCUGCUGUGCGCCGUUCGUUCUAAUGGGCGCGCGCUACUUCUACAGCAGCAAAGUUAUCCACAACUAUCUGGCCUGCGCGCUCCAAACUGACAUGGCGGACAUCGAGGAGUAUUACAUGAAACCCACAGGUAAGAGGGGUAGUGGUAGAUUGGACACAAAACAGAAACUAUAUACAUUCUGUGGAAAUAUAUGAUCUGUUGUCUUUGUCAGCAUAUAAUGUUCAUCCACAGACAUUAUGCUUUUAGUGAAUUAUGGGAUUGAAAAAAAUUAUGGGAUACAAAACAUAGCCCUAUGAAAAUAUAGAAUCACAUACCCCUUUGAAAGCAUUUAAAUGACCCCCCCCCCCCCCCCCCCAGCCCACACACACACACACACACCCUCCCAUCCCCCUCCCACACACACAAAGUAUAGAGUCUCUCUCAGUGUCAUAGCUGGUCAAAACUAGUGCACUAUGUAGGGAAUAGUGUGCCAUUUGGGAUGCAGCCUGUGUGUUCAGAGGCAGUCUGCCUGCCUAUUAAGUAUGCGGGGCGACUCGCUCCGCUUCGCUCUACUUAGUUACAGAGGGAGCCAGGGCACACCAUGUUACUGAGCCUAUUGAUUCUGAGAUGGAAACUGCUGAUACACUUUCUGCAGCAGUCCGUCCACUCAAUGUCGGCCAAGCCUCAUUGGAGUCAUUUCCUCAACUACAGUCCCUAACUAGGAAAAUCAAUUACUCUCUUAUGAUCCGAAACACUUCCUUCCAUUCUGAUAAGAGGAAGUGAGCUGUGACCACACUUCCUCCUUGUUCCAUUCCAAAACAUUGGGCUAUAAUCAAAUCAAACCUCUCUUUUUCUCUCUCUAACACACUCACACACACCCCCACAUCCCACACAUACACUUCCAUCCCUCUACAUUUUGGGGUCAGUCGGACCCUAUUUGGAAGUUACUUAAGGGCAGGUGUUCGUUAAGCCCAUCAUUGAUUUUUCUAUUUGUCUUUCACUUUGUGUCCGCUAGCCACAGUUAUCCAGUGUGUGUGUGUGUGUGUGUGUGUGUAGGAGUCACACAGGAUAUUAAUGGGAUUAACCCAUGCAGGUCUUUUGUGUGUGUUUGUAUGUGUGAGCGUAUGGGUCUUUCAGAGAGAGACUGUGUGUGUGUGUAUGGGUCUGUCAGAGAGAGACUGUGUGUGUGUGUAUGGGUCUGUCAGAUAGAGACUGUGUGUGUGUGUGUAUGUGUGUGUGUGUGUAUCGGUCUUUCAGAUAGAGACUGUGUGUGUGUGUGUGUGUGUGUAUGGGUCUGUCAGAUAGAGACUGUGUGUGUGUGUGUAUGUGUGUGUGUGUGUAUCGGUCUGUCAGAUAGAGACUGUGUGUGUGUGUGUGUGUGUGUGUAUGGGUCUGUCAGAUAGAGACUGUGUGUGUGUGUGUGUGUGUAUGGGUCUGUCAGAUAGAGACUGUGUGUGUGUGUGUGUGUGUGUGUGUGUAUCGGUCUGUCAGAUAGAGACUGUGUGUGUGUGUGUGUGUGUGUGUAUGGGUCUGUCAGAUAGAGACUGUGUGUGUGUGUAAGAGAGAGAGAGAGAGAGAGAGAGAGAGAGAGAGGGAAAGAGCAAACGUCUACAUGAUGUUAGUGAGAGAGUGAUGAUUUACAGUGACCUCCAGCCCUCAUGUUCCUGCCAUGGGCAGUGUAUGUGUAUGUGUCAGUAGUCAGUGAGUCAUACAGUGCAGGGUGGGAGGGCCAGUCACUGGGGUUUAACACAAUUAACAGACGAUGAGCAGCAACAUGGUUAUGUCUACCAGCCUCAACUAGCCAGGAAAAUAUAAAUACCGUUAUCUCUUCUUCAGUGUGUGUGUGUGUGCGUUUAUCGUCACUAAAGGCCAGCUGUUACCUCAGUCCUCUGCUCAGCUCAUAGGUGUGUGUGUGUGUGUGUCUGUGUGUGUGUGUGUGCAUAGGACAUACCAGAAACAAUAGGGACAUUGGGGUGGUGGUUUAACUAGGGAUUCUUAACAACAAAAGAACCAGGACAUUCAUUCUACCAGCAUAAGUUCUCCCUGAAAUCCCUUUGGUACUAUCAACUAAUCAAUAAAUUAUGUUUCAUUAACCAACCAAUCAAUUCCACUUUACUGAAUCAUCUGGCCUGUACAUUUACACCACUGUGUUGUAGUCUAUACCAAGCAUACACAAUACACAGCAACAAGGCCUUAUAGGCUGUUAUACAAGACAAAGCGAGGGGUGUGAAUCCAGGGGCCAGGGUUCCGGUCUGGAAGCACGGUUUCUACCUCUGCGCAUGUGAAGUUGGGCCGUGUAAACAGGCUGCAACCCAGAUAUAGACGGUCCAUGAAUCGGCGUAUGCGAACUUGAGUACAUUAUGCUUAAAACAACGGUUGGACAUCUUGGAUGCAGUCUCCAGUUCUUUUAUACCUCAAUGGCAUGAAUAGGCACAAGGCAAAACCAAGCUCCUUUACCUACUGUACAACUUCAACAUGACAGUAUAAAGCUUGGGCCCAAUCCCAAAUGUCACCCUAUUCCCAUUGGGCUCUGGUCAAAAGUAGUGCACUAUGUAGGGGAUAGGGUGCCAUUUGGGACUUAACCUAGUAGAUAAGUAGGUGGGCCAAGGUGACUCCAGAUACAGUCACCUGGUUCCAUCCUGAGCCCCAGGGCAGUGAUAACACUGGCCAGAUAGGUCGUUAUCCUCAUAUCUGGGUCUGGCCACAUCCUGUCCCAUGCAGGGUCCUGUCUAGACAGAACAAUCUACGGCUGAAUCCCAAAUGGCAUUUGGGACGCAGAUAGCCAACAGUCUGCACCUAUUCACUUCCCUGCUAAUGACGGUGAUCUCACUCUGUUCUGGGGAGUUGGUGAGUGCAGGUACACCACUACUGUCACUCCCUGGUACCUACUGCUGAUCUUAGCUCUGCUGAAAGAGAAAGAGAGAGAGAGAGGGUGAGAGAGAGAGGGUGAAGGCGAGGUAGAAAAUGGGAGCAUUGGAUAGGGAUAUGGGGGAGGGUUUGCUUCACGGCUAGGCUAUAUUUGAGUGUGUGCACGUGCACGUGUGUGUGGUGAUAGGGUUUGCUGGGUAGAGAACAGACAAAAGGGUCUCCCUCAUCAGCUGAGGUAGUUACACACAGUAGAUAAAUGUGGCUCCCAUCUUUCCUCCUUCCGCUCCCUUUCUUCCUGUCUCCCCUGUUGAAGAUGUAACAGUAGCUGUGGAGAACUGGGUUAGACGUCACACGGAGAGAGAGAGAGUAAGAGAGAGAGAGGAGAUUAUAGGAUCUUUCAUCCCAGCUCCAGUAUAUUCUUUAUUCUCCAUCCAAGAGGACUAUCUAUCUACUAGAUGUCACUGAGUUUAUGUUCUAUAAACGUCAUAGCAAAUUUCAGUAAGCGUCUUAGUAAUUCAUAAUACAAUGAUGCAACCAAAAACACGUCAAUAGCACAGAACCGCUCCUCAAAAACCAUAAUUUGAAUCAAAACUAGUAAAGAAAAAUGGACCUGAUGACUCAACUCUAUUCUUCCGCUGCUCUGUUGUUCGCUACCUACUUCAGUCUGAGACUGCCAUCAUUGAAGUCGUUUGUGGUGACGAGGGGCACGAGGGGCGUUGUACAAAACAAAUUCAUCAGCGAUUGGAUCGUCUCUAACCAAUCAGAGUAUCAAAGCCAAUGACGAAACCGCUGCUUUACCCACGUGUGUUCUGGCUCUGGCCCAACCCAUCGGUUUAUGGUCCAAUCAGACGGCCCUGAAUGUGUUCGCAUUCGGUGAAGAGUCUGGGAGGUACUCAGAUCCAGACUCAUUGCGGAGAGGAAACUAAUGUCCGUGGGCGUGGCGUAGCAUUUGGCCAGAGCAUGGAGUCUGGGUAGCCAGGUAACAAUGGACCCACACCAGAGGAAAAAUGAGAUGUUAACAACAUUAUUGUUUCUGAACACUAUCUAUAGUUAGUCACUCCCAGGUGACCAAUCCGAUCUUUAAUGGAUGUUCAAUAAUGUGGUCCGAUCUUUAAUGGAUGACCAAUAAUGUGGUCCGAUCUUUAUGAGUAUGUGGGUGAGACACAGAUAAUAGCGCUUCUUCCUCUGCCUUAUGCCACAUCAUCUUAGUGGUUCCUAAAAAUGGUUUUGGGUAGUGCUUUAAAGGAAGAGGAGGGGGAAAGGGACUUUUUAUGAUCGCUCCUAGCCUCUGACCCUAGGACUGAGAGGACCUAAGUUGGACGAGUGGACGCAUGCACACACACAGAGUGAUUAGCCGGGCAGGGUAGUAAAAUUAAUGGGAAAAGGCCAGUGCUGCAGCCCCUUUAGUGAUUAAUGCACCUACACUGUCUCAGAGCUAAUGGAGCUCUGACGAAGACAGAGGGCAGGGUGUGUGUUUGUGUGGGGUUGUAAACAUACAAGGGGCUGGAAGUAUGAUGUAUGACUGGACACAGGUUGAUAUGCUGGAGCUUGUAGGUCUUGAGAUCUGUGUGUGUGCGCGUGUGCCGUGUGUUUCCAUACACCUUAAUGUGUGUGUUUGGGUGUACGCCCCUGGUCUCCUUGUCCUAGUCUCAUCUGUCAGGGUGUGGUGUAGGUGUCAGGCAGAUCCAUACUCCCAGCAUGCACUCUGUUCCCAGGGGAGGGAGAAUGCCAGGUGGGGGGAGGGGUCUGUGACUGGGGGGGUGAGGAGGCCUCACACUGCAGAUAUCACGCACACGCUUAACCCUAAGAUAGGGGUGAUCUGUAACGAGUAUGUACACACACACACUUUAAGCACACACACGCUGUUAAUUAGCUUUUGUUUAAUCUUAGACACACACACAGUCAGGGUGUACGCUGUCUAGACUCAACGCUUAUCAACUGAAUUACCCUCAUAUGUUUCAACUGAAAGGAUAGACGCUAAUCUUGUUAAGCACAAUAAAAAGGGAGGGGGGGUAAGGGGGGUUCAUAGUCAUAUCAUAACAUCACGCCAUAUUUAACUGUCUCCAACCCACGCACAUGCAUUACAGGCAGGCAGCAUAUUAUUUUCCUAUACCAGUUAGAAGAGUAAGUCGCUCUGGAUAAGAGCGUCUGCUAAAUGACGUAAAUGGAAAUGUUAAAUGGAAGAGAAAAUGCAGUCACAAUAAAUCCUGAGUCAAAACUCCUUACGUUUAGAGCACUUGGAAGCUCUCUCUCUCCUUCCAUUCCCCUUGGAAGCUCUCUCUCUCCUUCCAUUCCCCUUGGAAGCUCUCUCUCUCCUUCCAUUCCCCUUGGAAGCUCCCUCUCUCCUUCCAUUCCCCUUGGAAGUUCUCUCUCUCCUUCCAUUCCCCUUGGAAGCUCUCUCUCUCCUUCCAUUCCCCUUUGCUGCCCUGAGAUUUUGUCUGCAUCUUUCCAGUCGACCCAUCCCUCCCCCUUUUGGUCGGUGGUAGAGUCCUCUCAGCCUGGUUUAACCCAAGCCCCCCCCCCCCUGCUCAUCUUGGUCUGCCCCGGGGCUAUGAUAGAUCAGCUCCCUUGUCUACCCCCCAACCCCUCCCUAUUGCCCCCUCCCCAUAUACCAAUACAGGAGGACUGAAGACAAAUGAAUGAUCUCCUCUCCUCUCGUUCUCCAUAUCUGACUCGUAACCAGCAGAUCCCUUCUUCUCAUAGCCCCUGCUUCCCAAAGGAGGAAGAGAGGGAGAAGUAGGAAGAGAAAGCUUGCUUCAGUGUUUCUCCGACCUCCCUUUCUUUCGUCAUGGCGGCAGACACAGGACAUGAGCCCCCUCCACAUACACACACAUUCCCAGCCCAGACCUGAAGAGGAGUUAGCGACCUCCGCUAUAUAGAUAAUGACAACUUAGUAGAAUUGAGCUUCUCUAAAUCAGUUUACUUGAAUCUAAAUAACGUCAAAUACAGCAGCUAGAUAGAGCUCCUUGAACCAUGCAACCAGCAGCCUAGGGGUUAAUACUGUGGGAUGCCUCUGAGCUUUUACCAGAGACCAUGUCUGUGUCCCAAAUGGCACCCUAUGGUCUCUCAUCACUAUAGGGAAUAGGGUGCCAUUUGGGACGCAUAACAUUAAAUCGCUAGUAUAUACAAGGCACAGCUUAAGAGAAUCAUCUUUAAUAAGUAUAAUCUAUUAAUAUCUAAUAUCCAAUUUAUAUCUAAACUAUUAUUAAUCUAUUAACACAAAAUGUGUUCCAUAACAUGGUUGUGCCGUUAAUCUGUAGUUACAGCAACACUAAAGUGGUGUGUAUCUCACACACACACACACCACACACACACACACACACACACACACACACACACACACACACACACACACACACACACACACACACACACACACACACACACACACACACACACACACACACACACACACACACACACUAACACACACACACACACACACUAACACACACACACCACACUCGCAAAGCUAGGCCUGGGCUGGUGUGCCUGGUUGUCCCGUCCCGUCCUGACUGUUGGCACAGGCCCUGCUCAGACAGAUGGUGGGGAGGGCUUCAGCUUCAGAGGCGUGGCUGCCCCCUCCCCUACUUUCGCCCCUUCCCCCCACCUUCUGGGGGGGCCGCUGGGUAACUAACUGCACACCUCACAUCAUGCUCUCUACUGAGAUAAAGCCCUGGAAACUAAAGUCUGAUUUUGAAUUCGUAAUCAAAUCGUGAGGAUAAGACUGUAAGGUGAAAUACCACGACACUGUGUUAGAUUUGUGAGAGAAAAAAUUAACGAAAAUUAAAGACACUGACACAGUACACUGUAACUUGAGUGAAUCUGCUCCUUCCAAAGUGGAGCUAUUCCAAAGCCACCUCAUACAUUCUCCUGCAUUGUGACUACAGAAGUCAUUGUCUGACCCACUCUAAACUCUGCACACAAUAUGAACAAGGUCAAAUGGGGAAAAUGGCUGGGCCCACCAUUCACUUGCAGAUCUAGCUGCCUGCUACUGCCUCCCCAGCUGGGAUGCCCACAUGUCAUGAAGUGUGUGUCUGGAUCAGCAGGCUUGUUACCACGGCGACCCUGCCGCAGUACAGCUGACAGUUGUUUUAUUCAAUCAAGCAUUAAUCCAAUGAAUCCCAGAGGGCCCUUAAAUCCCUCAUAACAUUGGCCUCCAGCACAUUAGCAUCAUUUCACCACUCGCUCCAUGACGUGAUGUGUUCGAGAGAGAGUGCAUGUGCGUCUGGUAUGUGGUGUGUGCGCGCGAGACAGGCAGUGUGUGAGUGUGCGUGAGUAUCAGAUUGUGUGUGUGCGUCGGGGACCGUUGGCAGAAGGACACAGGUUUUAUAUUCACCAGUCAGUCAGUCACAGAAAAGGAAGAAUAUUCUCUGUGCUGUACUGGACCACAAGGACAUGUCACCAAUACCGCUGACAUUGACAAAAUGCUAUUUUCAGCACUGUUUACUGUUGCAUCCAUAUCACACAUUUUGCCUGCUGAAGGAAAUAACAUUGUAUAUUUUUUUCACCGUGUAGUUCUUGGAGGGGUUUGCAAAUCAAAUAAACUUAAACGGUUUAUCAGAAUGAGGAUAUAGCGAGCCAGUCUUCUUUACAACGACUUGUCCAGCAUUCUCCCAACAUGGUACUGUAGCUAUAACACUGACAGACAGCAGACAGAGGACGGUACUGUACUCUCACAUUACAACAGAGACUGACAGGGCAUCUUUGUACUCACGUUGAUACAACUCAUAUCUGACAUGCUUACAAACAUAAUUCUCUGCACAGGUAAAAACAUGGCAGGCAUGGACUUGCUUAACAAUACGUUACGAAGUUGAGCAUAAAACUUUUCAAUACUGUAUAAAACUGCUUUUACUAUGACUAAGACCAGGAGAUUUUUCCUGAUCAGGUAACAUGGUGGAUGAACAUUUCACUGUUGACGUGUGUGUGUCUGUGUCAGUGUGUGUCUGUGUCAGUGUGUGUCUGUGUCAGUGUGUGUCUGUCCUUCUCUCUGUGUGUGUCUGUGUCAGUGUGUGUCUGUCCUUCUCUCUGUGUGAGUCUGUGUCAGUGUGUGUCUGUCCUUCUCUCUGUGUGUGUCUGUGUCAGUGUGUGUCUGUCCUUCUCUCUGUGUGUGUCUGUGUCAGUGUGUGUCUGUCCUUCUCUCUGUGUGAGUCUGUGUUUGUCUGUGCAUGUUCGUCUGUCUGUCUCUCCCUGAGUGUGUCUAAUCGCCCUAACACUGAGCGACAGCUCAGAGCGAAUAAUGUUAUUAAGCAGUUAGCACCAGCCUCUAUCUGCUUUUAAUUUCACACUCUCUACCUACCUCUUUCUCCCUCUCUCCUUCUUAUUCUCUCUCUCAUUCUCUCCAUCUCUCUGAUACACUUCACUUCAUUCAGUCUAUUUAAAGCCAUUAUGACAUCACUAAUGGAAACACCAGCCGCCACUAUGUGACCGGAGGGUUUUGUGUGGUAGCAUCCCUCCUUCCUUACUUCCUUUUAGUAGAUCUAUCCAGUUAGUGGAUUUUGAGAAGGCUAUAAUUGGCAUAUCUUACAAACAGGACAGACACUCUCAUAUAGUUUAAUAAUGUGUGUGCCAGGGCCACAGUCCAUCCACCUCACUUUCUUGCACCCACAUCCGCACUUUUCUUCCUUGCACUGAUUCUGCUGAUAGACCCUUUCGAAGAAGGGUCUUGCAAUGACUGUGAUAUGUGGUCGUUUUUUCCUCCUGAACUUAGUUGAAUGCACUGUCUGUAAGUAGCUCUGGAUAAGAGCUAUGCUGAAUGACUAAAAUGUAAAUGAUACAGUGCUGUAAUAUUCUCAAAGCAGCUAACCUAUCCUUACCACAGGUUUUACACAGGUCUUCCCAACACUUAGAAAAAAGGUGCCAUCUAGAACCUAAAAGGGUUAUUUGGCUGUCCCCAUAGGAUAACCCUUUUGGGUUCCAUGCAGAACCAUUUCCACAGAGGGUUCUACAUGGAACCAAAAAAGGGUUCUUCAAAGGGUUCUUCUAUGGGGACAGCCAAGAGUGAACCAUCCUCAUGUUUGCCAUCUUAACAGAAUCACAUGGUCGUGUUAAUUGACAGAAGCCAUUGUAAAGCAACCUCUAAUUGCUCUGUAAUCUGAACUCAUUAACACCAGUCCGUAAUUAAUGUGAUAUCCCGAUACACAUGAGCAGUGCUGCCGGGUUAAAGCCACAAUCUGCCAUUUCAACAGCCCUGGCUGCCACCUUGUAGCCAUAAUUCAUUAAAAUGGCCUUUAAUUGAACAGCAGGAAAUAUUGCAGAUUGUGGCUUUAAUGAUUGUUGUACUGGCCAUAGUUGGGGGAUGGGAGUCCACUCUACAUUUGAUCCACUCAGCCAGAGGCUCUGAGGUCUGUGAUGUAUAAUGAAUGAUAUGUUGGUGUUAGCUGGCCUGCAAUGAGGUCCCAGGGUUAUGGCAAAUAGUGUAGCGGGUUUUGGGGCAAAUAGUGUAGGGGGUUUUGGGGCAAAUAGUGUAGGGGGCUAUUGGGGUAGCCCUGUUGUAGACUCUCUCUUCUUAUUGCUUCAGUCCUUCACUGAGUCAACCAGUGGUCCAAUAAAGACAGUCUGUGGGCAGUCAUAGGUCCUGCUACCACUCCCUUUUUUGCUUUAGCCUCUUCACAUCCGGUCGUUUGGGGGUUAAAUGUAAAGUAUAUGCUGUCAGAUUUGUGUUGGUGCUGUUGGGUGUGGUAUGUGAUAUGUGAGUUGUGUAGGUAUAUUGUGUGUGUGUGAGUCUAACUAGGCUCUCUGGUCCUCCAGGCUCGUGUUUCUGGGUGGCAGUGCUGGAGGGUCAGGUGGUCGGCAUCGUGGCAGCGCAGGGCCGGGAGGACGAUAACACGGUGGAGCUGCGCCGCAUGUCGGUGGACUCGCGCUUCCGCGGCAAGGGCAUCGCCAAGGUGCUGGGGCGCCGCGUGCUGGAGUUCGCCAUGCACAACAACUACGCCGCUGUUGUCCUGGGAACCACCGCCGUCAAAAUGGCCGCCCACAAGCUGUACGAGUCGCUGGGCUUCCGGCGGACGGGUGGGAGCGAGGACUACAUGCUGCCUGGCAUGAGCCGUUCGCCGCUAGAGAGGCUCUUCUUCCAGAUCCGUUACCAGCGCUACCGCCUGCAGCUCCGCGAGGAGUGAGGGAUGAGAGAGGGAGAGAGGGAUGGAGCGAGAGAGAGAGAGAGAG